AUGAAGCCACUUCCUCCUGAUGACGUCGGCCUGGCCAAGAUGCGGCUCGUCGUCCUCCCUAAAGCCGAAGCCGACGCGCUGGACGAGUUGAUCGACGAAGCGUUAGACGCAGCGGACCCGGAUGGAGAAAGCGAGAGAGCAUGGCGGCGCUACCAGGAGGACCUAGCCAGCGAGCUGUCCGCCAUGGCCAAGUCUUCUGAUCACCUCUGGCAUUUCUUGGACGGCCUUGGCCGGCGGUUGCUGGAGAAGAAGCAGGCUCAGGCGGAUGGCCAGCACAGACCCCUGAAACGUUCUCCCGGGUCCAUUUCCCGAGGCAUCCUGCUGCUCCACGGGUUACUCCGGUCCUGCUCCGCCAAUCAGGAGUCGGACGUCUGCAGCAUGCUUCUCUCCACGUCAACCCGCAAGGACCGACCUUCCCUCGACCUCCCUCGUCUGGCCCGUCGCCUCCACUACACCGUCCCCGCUUCUUCCGCUCCCCCCUCCUCUGCCUCCUCCACUGCUGUCACGUCAGCCUCCGCCGGUGACGUCAGCGAUGACGCGGCGUUGACCCGAUUCGCACACGCGUACUGCGUGUAUCUGCAGGAGCGGCUUCGGUGCGUGGACAGCAUAGGGCUCCAGGUGUUCCGCACGGGAGCAGAAUCAGCAACCGGAGCAGCUAAAAACGGAGAUAAAAUAGCAGGAAACGGCCGCCAGCAGAACCCGCAGCCGCGUGAAGGAUCAAAAUCGGGAUUAGCGAGGAAUCCUGAGAGUGAUUCAGAGAGGGGAUUGGGGGAGGCGUAUUGGGUGCAGCUUCAGUCCGACGCUGUGCUCCACCAGGUGGCCUCUCUGCAGCAGCUGCAGCAACGCUUUCGGGUGUAUGGGUGGGUCAACUACGGGCUCAUUGAACUCAUGGAACGACUCUGCCGCUUCCCCAAGGAGCAGGCCAUGCGCGCUCUGCAGGUGUGCCAGUUCUCGGUGCAGCAGGGGAAGGCGUUAUCUGACAUGUACACGCGCCUGGGUGCAGCGGGGGUGGGCGCAGGUGUGACCUUCCCCUCCGUGGCCGUGCUGGGGGACGGCGUCAUUGGCAACCUCUCCGCCUCCGUUGCUGCAGGCCCGGAUGCUGCCACGAGCGUUCCGCCCUCUCCCAUGCAUUCUGCUGCUGUUGGUGAUCUUGGCAGCAGGAUGGGGAGAUUUGCUGAUGGCAGUGCUGCUGAUGGUGCGAGUUUUAGAGGUAUGGGACCACAGCAGCAGCAGCAGCAGCAGCAGCAUGUGCAACAUCAGCAGCAGCCGAAUCUGGACAGGAGUGAAUCCCACCGCUCUCUUGUUGGUGGUGGGAGUGGUGGUGUGAGCGAGGAUCCUUUUGCGGCUUCUGCCGCGGUUCCCCCGCCGCCGUAUGUGCAGAUGGCGCUUAGAGCGCAGCAGCAGCUGGCCAUGGAGCUUCAGAGGCGCAUGCUGAGUCAGCACGCGCAGUUUUUUGCCGCGGCGAGGUCGGCGGGGGGCGCGGAUGCGAUCCUGUGGACGAAACUUUCGUGGCCCAACCACGCGCUCAUCCCGCGCAGCAUCGCCCUCGCCAUAGUCUCGCUCUCCCUCACCUGCAUCGCCCUCAGUGCCUCCCUCCUCGCCUCCUCCUUCAUCCGCUCUGCUCCUCCCCCUGCCUCACCUGGUAGCACGAGGAGUUUUCAUGGCUCCUUGCCGCGCUCGCGCCACGUCACAGCUCCAGAUUUAAUCUCUCACGGAGAUAAGCCGGGUGCGGCGGAGAUUCUUCGAGGCAUGGACGGGUCUGGAGUGGAGAUACUCCCUGGAGAGAUGGCGUCCCUGUCAGGAGGAAAGGAGGAGAGCAAUCCUCCUGGAAAGGUGAAGGAGGAACUUUCUGGAGAAGAGGGGAAGAGCGGUUUCAAGUGGUACGAGUGGGUGCUGGGGGCUUUUGCAAGCCCUCUGGGAGCUUUCACCGACCUGCGUGCGCCGUACCAUGUUGAGCAGAGUGUCUUGCCGUGGUCUGAGCAAGGCUCCUCGGGCUCCUCGGGGUCGAGACGGGAAGGGCGGGAUAUGACCGCUGCUGCUGGUGGCUCGGAUCCUAUGAGUGGUGGUGAUGGAGGUGGUGACAGGGAUGGGAUAGACGAGGUUGUUGCGGGAUCGCAGGAGAAGGGAGAAGGGGAGGAGGAGCAGGAGCCUGUUUUUGAGUCGACUCAAAAACAGGGAGAAGCGGAGGAGGAGCAGGAGACACAGCUACAUCACGUCAUGUUCAACAUAGCCUCGUCCCGAGCCACCUUUCCGCACCGCCGAGCCUACCUGCGGUCCUGGUGGCGCCCAGGCGGGCAGGAGGGGGAGAUCCGGGGCUAUGUGUGGGUGGAUGACGUGGCAGCGGUCCCGCAUGACGUGGCGGUGGACCCACCUAUCAAGGCCAGCAGCGACACGAGUCACCUGAGUUACCGCGGCACGGGGCUGAGGGAGUAUCUGCGCCUGGCGAGAAUCGUGGUGGACGCGUGUAGGCUUGGGGAGAAGGGCGUGCGAUGGUACGUGAUGGGGGACGAUGAUACCUUCUUCAGCCCCCUGGCCAUCACAGCCGUCCUCCAGCAGUACGACCACAAGACUCCGCUUUACCUGGGAGCGCCCUCAGAGACGCACUACCAGAACGUGGCCAACACACACGGCAUGGCGUUUGGGGGCGGCGGGUUCGCCAUCUCGGCAGCGCUGGCGCGCAUGCUGACUACAGAUGGGGCCAUGGACGCGUGCUUGGAACGACACGCGGCGGUGUGGGGGAGUGAUGAACGGGUGGCCAGCUGUGUUGGCGAGCUGGGGGUGUCCCUCACUCCCACCCCAGGCUUCCACCAGAUCGAUCUGGGCGGCAGUCUCUUCGGCCUCCUCAUGGCACACCCGCUACAGCCGCUGCUCUCGCUGCACCACCUUGACUUCGUUGACCCGCUGCUGCUGCCAGCUGGCAUUGCUGACCAGGCGGACGGGCUUGCCACGCUGGCGGAGCGGAUCCGGCCGGACCCAGUCGGGUUUGCACAGCUGGCAGUGUGCGGGGACGGUGCCCAGUGGACAGCAGCCAUCUCAUGGGGCUUUGCCAUCAAGAUCUACCCCGGGGCACGGCUGCUAUCGGAGCUGGUGAGGGCGGAGCGAACGUUCUACUCCUUCGUGGGGAGUGCUGAUCCCACAGCCUUCACCUUCGAUACCAGGUCACCGGAGGAUGAUGCCCCCCCACACGAGCUAUGCGCCUUGCCCUUCACAAUGUACGCGUCACAUGUGGGACAACUGGACACCAACACGACCAGCUCUAACCAGGACUCACCUGCUGGUGUGGUCAGCGUCUACAAUCGCACAACAUUCUUACGUAGGCUCAACCAUUCGAUGUCCGUUGACUCGAUCGCCGGACGUGCACCGGCAGUAGGGGGGAAUGGGGAGGCGUUUGCGCGAGCGGAGGUGCAUUCGGGGGAGCGGAAUGCGCGGGAGAUGCGCGACCCGCGGAGCCCGUUUCAGGGUGAGGAGAACGUCCAGCGCAGCACGGAGGGAGCGGAAGGAGAGGAAGGGCGCCGGCGCAAAGGAGACGUGGGCAGCGGAAUCAAUGCGGGUGAAAGAAGCGGAAGCGGAAGGUAUGGCGGAGGGGGUGGUGGAGGGCGGGGAGGCGGGCGGAAGGGACGAGGGGGAAGAGGAGGCAGAGGAGAGAGUCAAGGGAGAGGCGGGGGAACAGGGGGGAAGGAGAGGAGAGCCUCUGCGCAGGGUGACGUGGGUGAGGGGGAGGGAGGGGUAGCGGGGAGCAGCGACGCGGAAAUGCGCGUCUGUAGUGGGGAUGCUGGUGGUGCUGAUACCGCUCUUGUAGCGGCUGUGGGGAGUGCGGCAGGCAAUGGGAGGGACCAUGGUUUCGCGAAUGUCGCAAGCGUGGCGAGCGGCGUCGGCGUGGCGAGCGCUGUCGACGUGGCGAGAGGAGGGGCAGGAACGCGAGGUGGUUUGAGUAUCUUGACGAAGGGAGCAGCGGGCGCGGGGGAUGCGGGUGGGGGAGGUGCGGGCGGGGGAGGUGCGGGCGGGGGAGAAAACAACGUUGCCACUGGCGCUACUGCCGCUGCUGCUGCCCCUGCUUCCGUUGGUUCUGCUGCCGUCUUUUCUGCCGCUGUUCUCCCGCCUACCCCGUCUCUUCCUCUUUUAACCGAUCUGCCUACUCCUCCUGCUGCUGCCCCUCCUGCUGCUUCUGCUGCUGCUUCUGCUUCUCCCUCUUCUGCUCCUGCUCCCAUGCGCUCUCCUCUUCUCUCUCCCCGUUCCAAUGCCACACCCAACGCCUUCCGAACCAGCCCAAACCAAUCGCACACACCCCUCGCACUACCGACCCAGCUCGCCACCUUUUCCGAGCCUCCACCGUCCUCCCAAGCCGCCUCCUCUCCCCGAGCCUGUCCGUCAGGCUUGGCAGGGGUGCUGCAGGAUUGCCAGGAGGUGGUGUGCCGAGCCUUGGAGAGCUUCGAGUUGCGGCUGGAUCGGAUUGUGCUGGGGGGGAGCGCGGGAGCAGGGGUGGCAAGCCCUCACCCUUCCGCCAGGGGCAGCGCGGAAGCACAGGGGGCGAGUCCUCCUUUCUCCGCCAGUGCGCAGGUAGCGCCCGCAGGAGGAGAAGGAGCGGGCAGGGCGCAGGGGGAUCACCCCAAGGGCAGCGCGGAAGCAGGGGGGGCGAGCUCCCCCUGUUCCGCCAGUGCGCUGGUAGGGGGAGGGGAGGCCAGGGCACAGGGGGAAUGCGCCAGAGGCAGCGCGGAAGCACAGGAGACAAUCUCCCCCCAUUCCGCCAAUGCAAACAUCUCCCCCCGUUACGCUGCGCAACGCACCUCUGUGCACCGCUCUCCACACCCUUCAACCGCGUCCUUCCUGCCCCUUACCUCUGGCAACCGCUCCUCCUCUCCUCACGUUCGCUCCCCCCGCCCAUUGUCAUCCCAACCGCCCUCUCCCCACCCGCCCUCCCCCCACCUCCCCUCUCCUCACCCCCCGUUUCCCCAGUCCUCCGCUCUUCCCCCCUUUCCCCCCGCGCCACACAUGAGGCGCCC